AUGAGGCCAAAGACUUUUCCUGCUACGACAUACUCUGGAAACAGCAGACAAAGGUUACAAGAGAUUCGAGAAGGUUUAAAGCAACCAUCCAAAUCUGCAGGUCAAGGACUACAUAUUGGACCAGGCAGUGAAACGUCUCUGGACCCUAAGAUUUUAAUGGGGAAGGAUGCUGCAAGGCAGCAGCAGAUGAGACAAACACCUAAGUUUGGACCGUAUCAGAAAGCUCUGCGAGAAAUUAGAUAUUCUUUGCUGCCUUUUGCUAAUGAGUCGAGCACUACAGCGGCUGUUGAAGUAAAUAGGCAGAUGCUUCAGGAGCUGGUGAAUGCAGGUUGUGAUCAGGAGAUGGCUGUCCGAGCACUGAAGCAGACGGGUAGCAGAAGUAUUGAAGCAGCUCUGGAGUAUAUCAGUAAGAUGAGCUACUUGGAUCCUAGGAAUGAGCAGAUAGUACGUGUAAUUAAGCAGACCUCACCAGGAAAGGGUAUUGUGCCAACUAAUGUCACCCGCAGGCCAAGCUUCGAAGGAUCAAACGAAUCUUUUCCGUCGUACCAUCAGAUCAGUAAUGCAGCCUAUGAAGGGACAAGCUUUGGAGCAGAAGGUGCAAAUAUGCUUACUGAAGUUCCAAGGCCAUACAUGGACUAUUUAAUCUCUACUUCCCAGUCUACAGCUAUGAAUGCUCCUGUGCAGCGACCCUCUGGAGUAGGCACUCACAGCGCACCCACAAGCCAUCAGCAGAAAACGUACCCUGCAAAUAUUGAGUCUUCUGUGAUUAAUUAUCCAGUGGCUAAUCACAGCACUCAAGCUUUGCAGCUGCAGGCAUCCCAUGGGUCCAACAGCCAACAUUACAGUAGGCAGCACAUGAUGGUGCAGGGGGAACCCAUGGGGUAUGGUAUUCAGCGGAGUCCAUCCUUCCAAAACAAGAUGCAGCAGGAGGGAGGCUACACCAAUCUUCCAAAUAAAGGAGCAGUUGUUCAGAACAAUUCUGGUCAUGUGUUUCAGCAGGCACCCACGAGCCUGUAUGUAUCACAUUCUCAUCACAAACAGACAAGUCCUUCUUCUCACCAAAUGCAUGUGAUGUCUAGAGGUCCAGCCUUUGCUAAUGAUUUUUCAGACAGUCCACCGCAAAAUCUAUUAACUCCGUCUAGGAAUAGCCUAAACAUGGACCUCUAUGACAUGAAUAACCCUCAAGUUCAGCAGUGGCAGGCAGCAACACCGUCACGCCGAGAUUCUUUACAAAAUCCAGGAAUUGAAACAUCUCCACGGCAACACAUAUCCUUCAGACCUGAUGCCACAGUGCCGAGCAGAACGAACUCCUUCAACAACCACCAGCAACAGCCCCAAGUGACAGUGUCUAUAAGACAGGUUCCUCCAGGAAAAGCUGAUCCUUCGAUUACAUCUCCAAAUACGAUCACAGCAGUCACAUCUGCUCAUAUUCUCCAGCCGGUGAAGAGCAUGCGAGUAGUGAGACCUGAGCCUCAGACUGCAGUGGGACCUUCCCAUCCUGGCUGGUUACCUGCGCAGGGGCCGACCGUGGAUGGCUUGGAGAUCAUUGAGCAGCACGGGCCACCUGUUGGAGCAGCUAGCACCUACCAAUUGGAUGUGGAUUAUGGUAACCAGGAACUGCGGUGUCCCCCACCACCGUAUCCCAAGCAUUUGUUACUUCCCGGUAGCUCUGAGCAGUUUGAUAUCAACUGCUUAUGCAUGGGCGUAGAGCAGACCCUCCGUGUAGUCCCCAAUUCAACAUGCAAUAAGGUUGAGGAGAACAGUGAGCGAAAUGAUAAAAGCAGCAAGAACACUAAAGCUGAAAAACCAAGCAAGGAUAAAAAGCAGAUUCAGACGUCUCCGGUGCCUGUGCGAAAAAAUGGCAAAGAUGAGGAAAAACGAGAAUCUCGAAUAAAGAGCUAUUCACCUUUUGCCUUCAAGUUCUACAUGGAGCAACAUGUAGAAAAUGUCAUAAAGACCUACCAGCAGAAAAUUAACAGAAGAUUACAAUUGGAGCAAGAAAUGGCUAAAGCUGGCCUUUGUGAAGCAGAACAGGAGCAAAUGAGGAAAAUUCUCUACCAGAAGGAGUCCAACUACAACAGACUUAAAAGGGCCAAAAUGGACAAAUCGAUGUUUGUGAAAAUCAAGACUCUGGGUAUUGGCGCAUUUGGAGAAGUCUGCCUGGCCUGCAAAGUGGAUACCCACGCCCUGUACGCCAUGAAGACUCUGCGGAAAAAGGAUGUGUUAAACCGGAACCAGGUGGCCCACGUCAAAGCAGAGAGGGACAUUCUUGCUGAGGCAGACAACGAAUGGGUGGUUAAACUCUACUAUUCCUUCCAAGAUAAAGAGAACUUGUACUUCGUGAUGGACUACAUCCCAGGGGGGGAUAUGAUGAGUCUGCUGAUUCGGAUGGAGGUCUUUCCAGAGCGUCUGGCUAGAUUUUAUAUUGCAGAGCUCACUUUGGCUAUAGAGAGUGUGCACAAAAUGGGAUUUAUUCAUCGAGACAUCAAGCCUGACAACAUUCUGAUAGACCUGGAUGGGCAUAUCAAACUGACUGACUUUGGACUGUGUACUGGAUUCAGGUGGACUCAUAAUUCAAAAUACUAUCAGAAAGGGAGCCAUAUCAGACAAGACAGCAUGGAGCCCAGUGACCUUUGGGAUGAUGUGUCCAAUUGCAGAUGUGGAGACAGGCUGAAGACAUUGGAACAAAGAGCUAAGAAGCAGCAUCAGAGAUGUCUAGCCCACUCGUUAGUUGGAACUCCUAAUUAUAUUGCUCCUGAAGUCCUGCUUCGUAAAGGAUACACUCAGCUCUGUGACUGGUGGAGCGUUGGUGUGAUCCUCUUUGAGAUGUUAGUGGGACAGCCUCCUUUUCUGGCUCCUACACCCACAGAAACCCAACUGAAGGUGAUAAAUUGGGAAAGCACCCUGCACAUUCCCUCCCAGAUCAAGCUAAGCCCUGAGGCGACGGAUCUCAUCACAAAGCUCUGCUGUGCCGCUGAGGACAGGCUUGGAAGAAACGGAGCAGAUGACAUUAAGGCCCAUCCUUUCUUCCACUCUAUGGACUUCUCUACUGAUAUCCGUAGGCAGCCAGCUCCCUAUGUUCCAAAGAUCAGCCAUCCCAUGGACACUUCCAAUUUUGAUCCAGUUGAAGAAGAAAGUCCCUGGAAUGACGCUAGCGGUGACAGCACCAGGACAUGGGACCCGCUAGCCUCUUCCAACAGCAAGCACACGGAACAUGCUUUUUACGAGUUCACUUUUCGGAGAUUCUUUGAUGACAACGGGUAUCCCUUCAGGUAUCCCAAACCUUCUGGCAUGGAAGUUGGCCAGUCUGAGAAAUCUGAUGUCGAAGACAAAGGUGUGGUGGAUCAGACUGGAGCCUGUCAGCCUGUGUAUGUGUAA